AUGGCAUUGUCUCAGUCGACCUUACUGCUCCCAUCUCUACUUAUCCCGUCCCUGAAACGUAAUCUCGUCGGAGAAUCUCAAAAUCCGAUAACAGCUAUUCUGCCGACGACGGAAACCCCAAAAUAUCGUUUGAUAUCGUCAGGUCUUACGUCGAGAAACAAACCCUGUUCUCAUCUCCGAACCAUUAACUGCGUUUCCUCCGCCGGAGAUGGAAGCAGAGAAUCGUCUUCGAUCUCGUCGCUUUUCGUGAAGGGGCUUCCAGAUUCAGUGAGUGAAGGGCGUUUAAGAAAAGUCUUCUCGGAGUUUGGACAACAAAGAGGAUGCAGAGUUGGCUGUGGAAGCCAUGAACGGAAAGGUAUUAAAGCUUCUUUGAAAUUGAAUAAACAUGUCUAUUCUCGGUGGUUGGGUUUCAAGCUUUGGUCGGUCUUCAGGAUCCUUUUGACAAAAGCUUGUAGCUUGAUCCCGGGUCUCAGGAACCCGGGAAGAAUCCGAAGCUCUCGGAGGAAACCCAUCCGAGAGUAG